ACUGUUAUUAUUAGCAAAUUAAAAAGAAGUUAAAAAUGUUUAAUAAGAUAAGUUUGAAGAGUAUAGAUUACUUAGGUGCUGUGAAUGCAAACCCAGAUGAUUUCGAAAAAUUGACUCAAGUAUUUUUAGAAGACAUUGAGUUAUGCAAUAUUAAGGUGCCAGAGUUUGAUUUUGGUUUUCAAUGGUUAAAUGUAAAAGAAAAACUACAGUUUAAUAAAGAUCUGAAAGGAAAGCUCUGUGUGCUAGAUUUUUUUACUUAUUGUUGUAUUAAUUGUAUGCAUAUAUUACCAGAUUUGCAUGAUCUUGAAGAAAGUUUUUCUGUCCAAGAUGGUUUAGUAGUUUUAGGUAUUCAUUCUGCCAAGUUUCAAAAUGAGAAGAUCUUGUCAAAUAUUCUUAGUGCAGUUAUUCGAUAUGAUAUCUCUCAUCCUGUUGUGAAUGAUCCAAAUGCUGUUCUUUGGAAUGAAAUGAAUAUUCAAUGCUGGCCAACACUGGUUGUUGUUAGUCCUAUUGGACAAGUACUUUUAUAUUUAGUUGGAGAAGGUCAUAGAAAUUUCUUAUUCAACUUUGUAGAAUUUGCAUUAAAAAAAUACAGAAAUAAAGGUUUGUUAAGCAGUCAUGCACUUCCAAUUCAGUUGGAAAAAAGUUCUUUGAAGUUUAAAAAUUUGAGAUAUCCUGGAAAGUUAACAGCAUCUCCAUGUGGAAAAAUGUUAGCAGUGUCAGAUUCUGGUCAUCAUCAAGUUUUAAUAAUCGAAAGAAAUGGUUAUGUUGUUAAAAGAAUUGGUACAGGUUUUCCAGGCUUCAAAGAUGGUGAAGCGCACGUUUCCCAGUUUUCUUCACCCCAAGGUUUGUCAUGGAUUGAAAAUGUUAUUUUUGUAGCUGACACUGAAAACCAUUCAAUCAGAGAGAUUAAUGUAGCAAAUUGGAUAACAAAGACUAUUGUUGGUAAUGGAAAGCAAGGAAAAGAUAAAGAAGGUGGGAAGUUAGGAAUAGAGCAAGAGAUUAGUUCUCCUUGGGAUGUUGUUGUUGGUGCUUCCCCUGGUUCUGAUACAACAGAUUGUGUAAAUAACUGUUUAUACAUUGCUGUUGCUGGAACCCACCAAAUUUGGUGUUAUUUUUUAAAAGAUGGUCUGUGGCUUAAAAAAGGGCAUCAAAAAAAAGAAGUUGCACUAAGGUUUGCUGGGAGUGGCGAAGAAGAAAAUCGUAACAAUAGUUAUCCUACAAAAGCUUCUUUUGCUCAACCAUCUGGUUUAGCUAUUAUAAAAAAUCAACUUUUUGUAGCAGAUAGUGAAAGCAGUAGCAUCAGAAGUGUUGAUUUAAAAACAGGAGCUGUUAAGGGAGUUGUUGGUGCAGACAGAGACCCUACCAACUUAUUUUCAUAUGGUGAUGUUGAUGGAAUAGGUUUAAAUGCAAAGCUUCAACACCCGCUUGAUGUAGCAGCUGUUAAUGGGCAUUUGUAUGUUGCAGACUCUUACAACCACAAGAUUAAAGUUGUUAAUAUGAGUAAUCUCUCGUGUACCACAUUGGCUGGCAAUGGUGUUGUAGGCAUUAAGAAUGGAGAUUUUUUAUCGGCCGAAUUCAAUGAGCCAGGUGGUAUAAUUUGUCUCGAUGAUACAAUUUAUAUUGCUGAUACUAAUAAUCAUUUGAUUCGAGUAUUAAACCUCACAACUAGAUUAGUAUCGACGCUUGAAAUUUUGGAAACGGAUAACUUUGAUGGUUUUCCUGUUGCUGUAUCUAAGACGUCGGAAAAAUUGUUGGUUGGUGCUAAUACUUCUGUCACAGUAUUGGAUCACAAAAAAUGUAAUCUAAGCAGCCAUUCAACUUUCUUUUUACAUGUUAGUCUUCCGACGGGUUUUCAUUAUACUGACGAAGUUGAUAGUAAAUGGCAGCUUACUUUAUCGUCGGAAGCAGUAAUAGACGUCAAAACAGGGACUUUGAAUAAAGACGAAAUAAGUCUGACAAUCCCUCCUGGUUUUUCUUUCGUUCUAAUAAAGGUUGAGCUGAUAUUAUAUAUGUGUUCUGAAAAUGGUCUUUGUCAUAUGAAGCAAUACGUUCUACAUCAAAGUUUGAUAAACGAUUAUAACGCAGGAAACAGCAUAGUGACGAGUUUUUUGGCAUUUUAAAAUUCUAUACUGUUUCUAUACUGUUUUUUAAUAAUUUUG